AUGAUGAAAGCUUUAACAUAUGUCAGACCAGGAGUUAUCAAGUACCAGGAUGUGGAGAAACCAAAAUUACUUCAGCCUACAGAUGUGAUCGGAAAGACCGUUGUAACAACUAUUUGCGGAUCGGAUCUUCAUAUCCUUUCAGGUGCUUUCCCAGAGUUCAACAAGUUGGCCGAGAAAAAGGCUGGCCGAGGAUUUAUCUUGGGUCAUGAGGGUAUCAUCAAGGUGGAGCAAAUAGGUUCUGAAGUAAAGAACUUUAAAGUCGGUGAUGUGUGCAUCGUCUCUUGCAUCACUCCUUGUGGUGAAUGCUUUUACUGUAAAGAAGGUUGCGAAGCUCAUUGUACACAGAACGAGGGAACCUGUGGAUGCAUCUUGGGUAGUGAGAUUGAUGGAACUCAAGCUGAUUAUGUUAGAGUUCCUCUUGCUGACAAUUCUUUAAUCAAAUGCCCGGAUAACGUGAAGUUGGAGUCUUUAUUAAUGCUUAGUGACAUUUUACCAACCUCCUACGAACUUGGUGUUCUGGAUGGAGGUGUCAAAGAAGGAAGUACCGUUGCCAUUGUCGGUAUGGGACCUGUUGGGUUGGCUGCUUUGAUCAGUGCUAAGGCAUUGAAUCCAGAUUAUAUUGUUGCUAUCGACUUGAACGAAUCCAGAUUGAAGACUGCCAAAAAAUUGGGUGCCGACUACACCUUUAAUCCAAGCAAGGAUGAUGUUGUUAAACUUGUUAUGGGGCUUCCUGUGAAACAGGGUAAGCUACCCGGUGUCGAUGUGGCCAUCGAAUGCUGUGGUAUUCCGGCAACUUUCGAGAUGUGCCAGGAUAUUGUUGGUAUGAACGGUAGAAUUGCCAAUGUCGGUGUUCACUCUAAGUCAUGCAAACUUGCUAUGGAAAAGUUAUGGGUCAUGAAUAUCAACAUAAGUACCGGAUUGGUCUGCGGCCAUUCUACAAAAGAUUUACUCAGGAAAGUUGUAUCCGGAGAAUUGGAUCCUUCGUCUUUGAUUACUCAUCGCUUCAAACUAAAUGAGAUCGAAAAGGCUUACGAUGUCUUCAGCAAUGCUUCUGAGACUGAUGCCAUUAAGAUGCUUCUUAUCAACGAUUGA